CAGUCAGUGGUCGGUCAGUAAAUUGAGCCAACAAGUUAUACAAUUUACAUAAUAAUAAUGUAUCCAAAAAUAAUAUUAAUAUUAAUAAUUAUAAUUAAUUGUAAAAAAAUAUUAUGUGAUGAUACAUCUUGCAAUGAUUCACAAAGUAAAUCACUAAAUUUAAAAUUAAAAAAACAUUUAUUUUGUGAUUAUGAUCCAAAAGUACAGCCAAAAACAAGUGUUCAUACAACAACAAAUGUUAGAGUUACAUUAUUUCCAUUGAUUAUAAAUUUAAAUGAAAUGAGCAAUACCAUUGAUUUCCAUACAUGGUUUCAUAUGGCAUGGAAAGAUGAGCAUUUAAUAUGGAAACCAUCUGAUUUUGGUGAAAUUGAAACGUUUCAUACAAACAGUGGUGAUAUUUGGAUACCAGAAAUAUCAAUUUUUAAUAUUGGUGCUGGAGGAAGUAAUACCGAUGGUGAUUAUACAUGUCAUGUAAGAUAUAACGGAACUGUAUCAUGUCUAUCUGUUCGUGUAUUUACAAGUCGUUGUCAAACUGAUUUUACAUAUUGGCCAUAUGAUCAACACAAUUGUACACUACAUUUUGGUUCAUGGAUGUAUUUUGCAAAUGAACUUAAAUUUGAAUUUAAUGAUAAUUCAUUACAAAUGAGUGAAUUUAUUGAACAUCAAGAAUGGAUUAUUGAAAUAAGUAACACAACAUCACAAGCCGAAAUAUAUAAUACUGAAGAAGAUGCAAUGUUUUUUGUGCGAAUUAAUCUGCAAAGACAUUCAGCAAGAGCAAUUAUUGUCUAUCUAACACCAGCUCUUGUUUUAAUGGUCCUGACCCUGACUGUACUCUGGCUUGAUUCAUCUUCCAUAGAUCGCAUCGCAGUAGCUUGUGUUAAUUUUAUAUGUCAUAUUCUUUGUAUUUUUGAUCUUCAUUGGUACUUGCCAACAACUGGUGCUGUUAAUUCACCAAAAAUAUUAACAUUUUAUGAAAUUUCAAUAACACUUGCAACAUUUACAUUAAUAUUUACAUGUUUAUUGAGAAAAAUUCAUGAAAUUAAUAUUAAUUCACCUAACUGGAUUAAAUCAACAAUAUUAUUUAUAAAUUUUUUUUUAAAACAGUCAAUAACAAGUUGUUGUUUGAUGAACAUCAUGUUAAAAUUAUUUUUUUUAUUAUUAUUAUUAAACAUAGUUUGUAUAAAAGCUAAUGAUGAUGAUGAUGAUAAUACGUGUAAUGAAUUAUCAAGUAAAUCACCAAAUUUAAGAUUAAAAAAAUAUUUAUUUUGUAAUUAUGAUGCAACAGUAAGACCAAUUAUUUAUCAUAAUAAUAAAACAGAAAUAACAAUUACGCCAUUUGUUGAGAGUGCUGAAUAUAACGAUUAUUCUGAUUCACUUGUGUUGACAACUUGGCUACGAAUUAGAUGGAUUGAUGAGUAUUUAAAAUGGACACCAAAAGAAUAUGAUUAUAUUGAUACAAUUAUUGUUUAUAGCUCUGAAAUAUGGACACCUGAACUUAUGAUUCAAAAUGCAAAAAAUGGAUAUGGCAGUGAAAUACUUCCACCAACAAAAUGUUCACUUGGUUUUGGUGGUGAAGUAAUUUGUGUUCCAACAGUUGAUUUAAAUGUUAAAUGUGAUACUGAUCGUUCACAAUGGCCAGAUGAUAAACAUAAAUGUACAAUUGAAUUUGGCUCAUCAUAUCAAACAGAUAAAGAAAUUAUAUUUUCAUCAAAAAUAAUUAUUCCAAAUGACAGAAAACCAGUACAAAAAAAUUGGAAAAUUGAUGGACCAAUUGCAAAAUUUAUUAAUAAAACAUCAAAAUUUAAUAAAAAUGAUAAAUUUCCAGUAUUUACAAUGACUUAUAAUGUCAUGAGAAUUAAUAAUCAAAUUAAAAGUUUAUUUCUUUAUCCAACAAUUGUAUUGACUAUAUUAACACUGUCAACAAUAUGGCUUGAUCCAGGAUCAAAAGAACGUAUAAUAUUGGCUUGUAUUAAUUUUCUUUGUCAUUUACUUUGUAUCCAAGAUCUUCAUUGGAAAAUUCCAUUAACUGGUUCAGCAACUCCAAACAUAAUGAUGUUUUAUUACUCUUCAUUGUUACUAGCUCUUAUGUCACUUAUUUUAACUUGUAUUUUUCGUUAUAUUGUUGAGCUUAAAAAACCAUUACCAAAUUGGCUAUCAACACAUGUGUCAUCAUUGCUAACAAGUAAAGCUGGACAAAUAUUUUUACUAAGUGUUUUAGAUCCAAAAGCAUCAGCAGUAUUCAAUGAUGAUAAUGAUGAUGAUAAUAAUGAACUUGUUAAUUCAUCAAACAAAAAAACAAAUUGGAAUUAUUUUGUUAUUCUUCUUGGCUGGUUAUCGUUUAUCACAUUUUCAUUAAUUUACAUUAUCAUGUACACACUUUACAUUCGUUUAACAUAAAAAAAAAAUUUAUUUAUUUUUUAUCAAUAGAAAAGAAAAAAAAAUACAUUUUCAUUUUGAUUGAGUAUUUUUUUUGAAUAAUAAUAUAAAAAAAUAAUAUAUAAUAUAUAUAAUUUACAAAUAUAUUUGAAAAAAAAUUUAUAUAAUAUUAUCGUGAUGUUUUUUUAAUAGUAUUAUGUCUCACAUUGAUAAUAUAAUUUAUAUAAUUAUUAAAUAUACAUAGACAAAGCAAAAAAAAAAAAAAAAGACAAAAA